AUGGACGUAGGAAACCACCUUCCAAGAGUCCACACUCUCCAGCCGGACCUGCCCGGCCCCGAGAACGAAGACGCUCCAAGAGUUGCCCCUGCGAGCGGAGGAACGAAGGUCGAAGUGUCCAAGGAUUUUCGGGCGUUGUGUAACAGUUUGGUCAACCAGCUCGUGCAGCAACACAUGCGCGAGAUGGCUGCUGUGAAGGGAGGCAGUCCACUUAUCGGUCCGCGCAGUCCGCAGAACGGUCCACGCAAAGAUCCACGCAAGCGCACCAAAGACCAGGAGGACUUCUGGAUGCCGUCCAGCCUGUCCCAGGGAAUGAACGACGGUACGGAGUCUGACUCCUCUUCGGCUGCUGCUGCGAGGAGCAAAGUCCAAGCGCGAGACAUACUGCAGAAGUUAGAGUCUGAGGCAGACGAGGAGGAAGAGACAAAGACGAGCCCCCACUUCGUCAACUCCUUGUAUGCUGAGGCCAACAUGGACUUCGUCGGUCACAGCAAGUCGGGGUAUUUCGCGACGGAAACGGAGUCGGAAUUCCUGGCGCGCUACAAGAAGAUGACGAGCCUGGAGAAAUGGCAGCUCUGGUUGCAGUCCAAUCGCUAUGAGUCGAUCAUGGCUAUCAUCCUUUGCUUCAACGUACUAUGGAUGGCCUUGGAUUUACAGUUCUUCGGGAGCAUUGCCGGCUACAACCUUCAAGUAUUCACAAUGCCUGUGCCGCCAGAACAAGUACCAACAUGGGAAAGUGUUUUGACGAUCGGAGAUCUUCUAUUCACAGGUGUCUUCGUGCUUGAUGUUCUCGUCCGCAUUUGUGUGUUGCGGUCCAAGUUCUGGAAGCAAUUCAUGAACUAUGUCGACGUCGCAGUAAGCGUUACAAACCUUGCCGAAUUCGGCGUUCUCUAUGCAACGACGCUGCCGGUGAAUCCCAUCCUGUUUCGGCUGCUGCGACUUGGUAAACUGGCAAGGGCCAUCCGCAUGAUCAACAUGACGAGCGUGCUAGGUUCUCUCCAGCUCUUGGUGAAGUGCCUUGCGUCCAGCAGCAACAUGCUCUUCUGGAGUUUUUGCCUCCUAACCUUCGUGCAAUGUGUUGCAGGGCUGAUAGUGUCCACUCUUUGUCGAGACUUCUUCGAGGAUGAGGCCUACGACGUCUCGCUCAGAGAAGCGGUCUUUCGAUACUACGGAACGUUUACUCGCACCUUCUUGACGAUGUUUGAAAUUUUAUUCGCAAAUUGGGGGCCUGCAUGCAGGGUGCUGGUGGAGAACUUUAGUGAAUGGUUCUCCAUCUUCUUCCUCUUUUACAGGUGUGUUUUGGGCUUCGCGGUGCUGAACGUCGUGAAUGCUGUUUUCGUGCAGCAGACGAUGAAAACCGCUGGGUCCGACGAAGAGUUGGCCUUUAAGCAAAAAGAGAAGGAUGCGCAGAUGUAUACAAGGAAAGUGAAGCGGCUCUUCCAAACGAUCGAUGACUCAGGCGACGGCACCCUCAACUUAGAGGAAUUCUCCAAGCUCGUGCAGUCUCCAAAGUUGAAGUUUUGGAUGAGCCAGCUCGAGCUGGAAUACCAUGACCUUCUCAGCUUGUUCGAGUUUUUGGACAACGGCGACGGGGAGAUCACUUUGAUGGAGUUCAUCGAAGGGGCCGCGCGGCUGCGCGGAGGUGCCAAAGCCUUGGAUAUCUGGCGGAUCGAGACAAAGUUGGAGGUCCUGUUCGAGGAAGUGUUGAAGGCUCUCCACCACAGCUCCGGCAAAAUUAUGCCGCUCUCGGUGCAGGAAGUGUUCCAAAAAUCAACGUUCCGGCACAUCAAGACAACAAAGAUUGACGCCGAAGAGCGUGAGGAAGAAACAAAAAGCGAAGACAAAGCGGAAACUUCAAGGCAAUCGAAGGUUUCGAGUGUUCUUUGA